CGGGGUUUCACUAUGUUGGCCAGGCUGGUCUUGAACUCCUGACCUCAAGUGGUCUGCCCGCCUCGGCCUCCCAAAGUGCUGGGAUUGCAGGCGUGAGAUAGUGCACCCGGCCAAUUUUCCUUUUCUUACAAGAACACUGGUCACACUGCAUUCAGAGCCAACCCUAACCCAGUAUCGCCUCAUCCUGAUUUGAUUCUAUGAGCACAGACCUUGCUUCCGAGCGAGGCCACUUUCUCAGGUACUGGUGGACAUGAGUCUUCGGAGACACUGCUCAACUCACAGCACUCCCCCAGCUUGAUUUCUGUGACUUGUUUUCCCCAGAGGAGGGGUGCCCUGAGAGGUCUCCACUCCCUGACCGGCUCCUUGGUGCCAAGCACUCUGCGAGGCUUCCCAGGGAACAGAGCACACAGGACCGCCCUCCUGGGGAGACCAACCAGCAUCAGAGCUCACAAUUUCCCAGCAGGGUAGUGGGGUGGAGAGAGAAGCCUGGGCUGGGCUGGGCUAGGGAAGCUUCUCUGGGGAGGGGACGUCAGAGCAGGGUCUGGGGCCGACAAAAGCCCGCCCCUGGCUGGGGGCUGAGGGGGCAGGGGGCUGAGCCUGACACAUGGGGAUAGAGGACAGGCUGUGGGAGGGUGUGAACAGGAGAGUGCUUGAAGGGGUGCUGGGGACUUUGAGAGAGGGCUGCUGGCCCUGUCUGGUGGGGGAUGCUGGCCCAGAGACAGGCCAUGGCCGGGGUGGGGGUUCAGAAACAGGGUCACUGUCUCCCAGGCCAGGGCCCUCCCCAGCUACUCCUGGCUUUCCGGCUCUUGGGGUCGGGGGCGGGUCUGUGCCAUGACCCCGCCACUGAGGCUGUGGGUACCCAGGGGCACCAAGGCACACCCCUACUCUCGCACCCAUGUGUGGGCCCGAGCACCUGCCCUGCUGCCCCAAGGAUCUAGUGAUGUUUCCCAGGCAACUGUCUCACACAGCCUGUCUGCCUGGCACUCCUGUAUCCCUUAAAUGCCGCCACAUCUGGCUACAGGCGGGCGUGCCUGCCUGGCAUCCAUGGGCCAGCAGGUGUGGCGGAGCACAGCCCACUUCCUGGCUGCGUCGGAAGGCUGCCCGGGCCUUUUGGCUGUCGUUGCCAGCAGGCGAGCAUUGCCAGGGCACUGUGCUUGGGCGCUGGGCCGUUUUGCCACGUGGGAAGGGGUGGAGACAGCCCAGUGCCUUCAGCAUGUACCCAGGGUGCCUGUUGGCCACAAGUCUCAGUGGGAAACUGGGAGGGUGCACUGCCAUCGGGCUGCUUAGGCCUGCCAGCCUCCGGGCCUGUCACUGCUGUCUUAGCCUGAUUUGCAGGGUGUCAGCGCUGGGCAGAGACGAUCAUCCGGGUGACUCUGAGGAUGCCAGUGGCUGGGAUACUUGCUCCUUCGUGGCGGAAGGAGUUGGAGAGGGCUGGCUCCCUAACCUGAGACCAGCAGACCUCACCCAGCUUCUGAAACCAGCUCAGUGGGCUGGGGCCUGAUUCAUCAUCCAUAAAUGCGUCCUUUUGUGCCACAGAGGGUAAGGGGCCUCCUCGUCCACCGGUCUGCAGCUGUGGCUGUACGAGAUGGGCGGCUCCGCACUUGAGCACCUUCUGCUCUGCCUGGGGUGCAAGCAAACUCCCACAGCCGAAACAUUCUUUUGUAAACAUGAAUUUCGGCUUAGCAAAAACUCAUUUCCACACUGCACGUGUCAGUUCCAACCAGAAAUUAUUUUCCAAUAAAGCAAAACUCCCUGUCACCACAGCAGCAGCUCAACUUUUCACCAGGCUCAGCUUUGAAACUUCCACCAGCACCAGCACCAGCACCAGCACCACUGUGUCUGCUGAUAACCUGGGGACAGGCGGGACGAGGCCUUCUGGCGGCCGCCCCUGGUUUCUCCUGGGGGGUGAUGAGCGGGAGCGGCUCUGGGCCGAGCUGCUGCGCACGGUGAGCCCAGAGCUCACCCUGGACCACGAGGUGCCUCCACUGCCCGCCUUGCCUGGACAGGAGCCCAGGUGCGGCCCGGAGCCCACUGAAGUCUUCGCUGUCGGACCCAAGACCUUUUCCUGGACACCGUUUCCGCCAGACCUGUGGAGCCCGGGCCGCUCCUACCGGCUGCUUCGCAGGGCAGGAGGGCACCUGGAGUCCCCCGCCAGGUCCCUGCCCCAGCGCCCGGCACCUGAUCCCUGCAGGGCCCCCAGGGUGGAGCAGCAGCCGUCCGUGGAGGGUACCGCCUUGCGCAGCUGCCCCAUGUGCCAGAAGGAGUUCGGCCCCAGGUGAGUGGGCCACCCCUGUGCCCCGCCCGGUUAUCCAUCCGUGUUUGGAAACCACAGCCGUUUAGAAGGUCAAGAGGUGGCCGAGCUCAGCGCUGGCUUUUA